AUGCCUCAGCUCGUCGGCAAAGAAGUGGGACCCAUCGGCUUUGGUCUAAUGGGCUUCACGUCGCGUACCAACUCGUGCUCGCAAGAGCAAGCUUUCGCGGCCAUGCGGGCCGCGCUGAAGAAUGGCAUGAAUUUCUGGAACGGGGGCGAGUUCUACGGCACGCCCGAGUACAACUCCCUGCACCUCCUCGAGCGCUACUUUGAGAAGUAUCCCGAGGAUGCCGGCAAGGUGGUUCUUUCUAUCAAGGGUGGAUAUGGCCCUGUCAAAGGCCCGGAUGGGUCCCCUGAGGGGAUCCGCCAGUCGCUAGACAACUGCCUGGCGCUGUUGAAGGGCCGCAAGAAGAUUGACAUAUUUGAGUGUGCACGACGAGAUCACAACACGCCAUUAGAGGUGACCUUUGGCGUCCUCGAGAAGGAGUAUGUCCAGACGGGCAAGAUUGGUGGAAUCUCCUUGUCUGAAGUUAAGGCCUCAACUGUCCAUGAAGCGGCCAAGAUUACUAAAAUUGUGGCUUGCGAGGUUGAACUCUCCCUAUGGAGCACCGAUAUCUUGGAAAAUGGUGUUGCGGCAGCUUGCGCCCAGUAUGGUAUUCCCAUCGUCGCGUACUCACCCUUGGGCAAUGGAAUCCUCACCGGUCAGAUCAAGUCACUAGAGGACGUGCCAGUCGACAGAUACAUACACCACUACCCACGCUUCCAGCCCGAUGCGUUCCCCAUCAACCUUGAACUGGUGAAGCAGGUCGAGUCAAUUGCGCAGAAGAAGGACUGCAAGCCGUCGCAAUUGGCCAUAAACUGGACGCGAGCAUGUGCCAAGAGAGCUGGCACGUCAGUCAUCCCUAUUCCAGGAGCAAUCACCGCUGACAGAGUGGACGAGAACGCCAAGGUGCUUGAGCUUACCGAUGAGGAUCUAGCAGAGUUGGAUUCUAUUCUGAGCAAGUUCGAAGUUAUAGGAGCCAGAUAUCCCCGCGGCAUUCCCAUGGAGGGUUGA